AUGGCAGAAAGCGUCAAUGGUAUUUUCAAAGGUAUUCGUGCACUUCCUAUAGCUUCUCUUGUGCAACAUACCUAUUGGCGAUUGGUGGAGAAAUUCGAUAAGUACAGGUUGGAGACAGGAGCAGAAAUUAGGAGGGGUCCUUCACAAUUCUCCACCAAGUGCGAAGAGCUGAUGAAGGCAUGGUCACAAAAGGCAGUUGGACAUUCUAUGACAGCUCAUGAUCGACGUCAAGGCAUCUAUGUAGUUCAGACUCCUCCCAACAAUUUCAACAUGACGGGGUCAAACACACUCACAGUGCACUUUGACGACCCCAACCGGACAGGAUUUUGCACCUGUGGUAAAUUUCAAGGAAAUAAAAUUCCUUGCUCUCAUGCCAUUGCAGCUUGCAACCGAAUGGGUGCUAGUGCGUAUAGGUUUGUCAACAAUGUCUACAAGCUGGAAACAGUGAUGGCUUGUUAUGGGACAAGUUUCGCACCUCUUGGUGAACCUAAGGGUUGGAAGAAGCAUAAUGACCCUACUCUCCAUCCUAAUCUGGACAUGAUUAGAAAGCCGGGGAGGCCAAGAUCAACACGAAUUCACAACGAGAUGGAUUGCCCAAGGGAGGGUUCAUCACAGCAAGUGUGUAGCAACUGUAACCAAGCGGAACAUAAUGCAUCAACAUGUGGUGGCCAAGCAAGUGGGAGUGGGAGCAACCGAAGAGGGAGUGGUGGCCAACGAAGUGCGAGAGGUGGUAGAAGAGGAGGAAGUAGAGGGAAUAGACGUGGCUGA